AUGCCUGAACCGGAACCGGAACGGGAACUAGAACCGGAACCGGAACGGGAACGGGAACGGGAACGGGAACUAGAACCGGAACCGGAACGGGAACUAGAACCGGAACCGGAACAGGAACGGGAACGGGAACGGGAACGGGAACGGGAACGGGAACGGGAACGGGAACGGGAACGGGAACGGGAACGGGAACGGGAACGGGAACGGGAACGGGAACGGGAACGGGAACGGGAAUGGGAACGGGAACGGGAACGGGAACGGGAACGGGAACGGGAACGGGAACGGGAACGGGAACGGGAACGGGAACGGGAACGGGAACGGGAACGGGAACGGGAACGGGAACGGGAACGGGAACGGGAACGGGAACGGGAACGGGAACGGGAACGGGAACGGGAACGGGAACGGGAACGGGAACGGGAACGGGAACGGGAACGGGAACGGGAACGGGAACGGGAACGGGAACGGGAACGGGAACGGGAACGGGAACGGGAACGGGAACGGGAACGGGAACGGGAACGGGAACGGGAACGGGAACGGGAACGGGAACGGGAACGGGAACGGGAACGGGAACGGGAACGGGAACGGGAACGGGAACGGGAACGGGAACGGGAACGGGAACGGGAACGGGAACGGGAACGGGAACGGGAACGGGAACGGGAACGGGAACGGGAACGGGAACGGGAACGGGAACGGGAACGGGAACGGGAACGGGAACGGGAACGGGAACGGGAACGGGAACGGGAACGGGAACGGGAACGGGAACGGGAACGGGAACGGGAACGGGAACGGGAACGGGAACGGGAACGGGAACGGGAACGGGAACGGGAACGGGAACGGGAACGGGAACGGGAACGGGAACGGGAACGGGAACGGGAACGGGAACGGGAACGGGAACGGGAACGGGAACGGGAACGGGAACGGGAACGGGAACGGGAACGGGAACGGGAACGGGAACGGGAACGGGAACGGGAACGGGAACGGGAACGGGAACGGGAACGGGAACGGGAACGGGAACGGGAACGGGAACAGGAACGGGAACGGGAACGGGAACGGGAACAGGAACGG